AAUGAGGGAGACUUCUUCCUCUGAAACGUUGAACAGUUUGCAGGUAUCCACUCCAAAGGAUCCAUCACAUCUUCUCAUCUGAUACUCUCUGGAUUUAAACCUUUCAUCUGCUCAACCAUGACCGUUUCAGUCUACUCCCGUCUUGGGUUUAUACGCUGUCCGAGUGUCCUACUUCUGACGUUGACUGGUUUGAGCUUGAGCAGUCCCAUCAGGUCUCCUGAGAACCGUCACAGGGCAUCAGUCGGAAGGGGUGAUAAUCCCCUACUUGAUACACAGGACUUUCUGAGCCUUUUUCGGGCCACAAUGAACCUCACAGAGCUGAGGCCCCAGCCCAGGCCCCUCGCUGCCCGUGAGGAGCCACCAGACUACAUGCUGGAGCUGUACAACCGAUUUGCCCAUGACCACACUGCUGUGCCGUCAGCCAACAUUGUGCGCAGUUUCAAGAACGAAGAUUCCUCCCCAUACAGUACAACAACCCGGGGUGUAAGGAUACAUCCACUACUGUUCAACAUCUCAAUGCGCCACCAUGAGCACAUAAUAUUAGCUGAGCUUCGCCUUUUCACCGUGGUCCAGAAGGCCCUAAGACCAUUUGCUGGCAUUGACUGCAAGGUGACCAUCUACAAAAUACACAAGGGCGUUGUUUGGACAAAAGAGGUGAGGAAAGAAGGGAGAAGGAGGGAUGAAGAGGAGGUGGUGGAGAUGAAGGAUUUGGAGGAACUGGUGACAAAGCACAUCCAUGCCAAAGAUAACAGCUGGGUGUCGUUUGACCUGACUCAUGUGGUUGCACUCUGGCUGAAGUCAGGGUGUGCAACUCACAGACUGGAGGUUCACAUUGCAAGUCUGGGGUCAGAGGAGGAAGAGGACACACAAGAGAUCACAGGGAAGUCAGUUGAGAUUGACAUUGACAGAAGCUCGGAUGGGAAAAACAAUGCAGUGAUGAUUGUAUUCUCAGAUGAUCAGAGCAGAGACCACAAAUUGGAUAAACAAGAGGUCAACCUGAUGAUUGAACAUGAGGAUGACCUUCCUGAAAACAUGGGCCGGAGCCAGCAAGCUUUCUGGGGGCAUGUUAAUCAUAACACUGGCCGUGCUAACCCGGACGAGCUGGACAAACAGUCUCUCACUCAACUGCAGUCCAACCUUAUCUAUGACACACCUCCCCGAAUCCGUCGCAAUGUUAAGAGCGAGCCAUGCAAGAGGACCCCACUCUUUGUGGAUUUUAAAGACAUUGGCUGGGAUACGUGGAUCAUCCAACCUCUGGGCUAUGAGGCGUAUGAGUGCAACGGUGUUUGCAACCCACCUAUGACCUCCGAGGUCUCGCCUACCAAACAUGCCAUAGUGCAGACACUGCUGAGUGUUAAGAGUCCCGAGAGGGCAUCGCGUGCCUGCUGUGUACCCACUAAGUUGGAGCCGAUCUCGCUGCUUUAUCAUGAUAACGGGGUGAUCACUUUCAACCACAAGUAUGAAGGAAUGGUGGUGGCAGAGUGUGGCUGUAGAUAGUCUUGAAAAUGAUGCUAUGCCACAGAGAUAUAGACUGUGCACUGAUGAAGCAAAAGAAAUGAUCAUCAUCUCAAAAACAUCUAUCUAUCAAUCUAUUUAUCUUGUUUCCACAGUAUCUAAGAUCUCAUACAGUGGUGUGUAAAAACACGUGUCUAGAAUUAGUUGUAAAUUAGGGAUGGACACAAAUCUGUGCUACAUGAUGUAAAUGUAUAAUUGUAUAAAGUUAAAUCAGUUAUUGUUAUAUGAUUAUAGAAUGCAAAGGUUUCAAAGUAAUGCUGCAAAUCCUUUUAAACAGUCUGACAUGAUUUAUGAUCUUUAUUUGCCCAAUUUUGUUUUGCAGAAUGUUUUU